GACUCUCAUGUAGAGAGACAGUGUGUGUAUGUGAGUGUGUGAGUGAGUGAGUUCAGCUGUAAGUUUGUGCACUGUGUGUUCAGAAUAGCAGCUCCACCUUUUCCAGUCCUCUCUAGUGAAAGAAAAGGCUGUUGAUUUCUGCUGUAUUUCAUCACACACCUGUGGAAGUUUAUUGACUUUGCUGAUCUGCAGUGUCUGGUCUUUUCUCAUGGAAGGAGCAGAGAAGAAAACGCACAGAUUUAUUUUAUGUUUUUGAAUAGUUUCUACUAUUAAUCCUUUUUUUUCUUAUUGCAAGGACCUUUUGUACUUUCUCUGGAUUUUUUUUGGUUAUAGUAUCUCUUCAUCAUGGGGGAUGUAGUUUCUACUCACCUGGACGAGGGAAGGCGACAGAUAAUUACAGCUCAUACCAGAAAGGUGAUGACAGAGUUCGGGAAGGUGUAUGGACAGCAAUAUGCAGUGGCUCUAUUUAACAACGUACGCUUCGAGAUCGAAGGAGGAGGGAACGUGCAGUCGCAGCUCUUACACCGCAAGGAUCCACUUCAGGACAAGUCGAUCUUCUCUGGAGACCUGUUUCAGUAUUUGGAUGAGAAUAAGAAAUGGAGGAACCGCUUCAUAUACGUGGCCAACUCUUACAACAUCAGCUUCUAUGACAGCAGACUGGCCUAUGAAAGAGGUUUGCAUCCCAGAGGAAUCAUUAAUUGUGCUGGAUACAAAGCCCUGACCUCCAUGGAGGAAUACCUGAACCUGCUGAACAGCUGCCUGCCUGCCCAAAAGGCGAAACCAGAAAGUUCCCCUUUUCUGAAAAUUGCCUCCAGCUUUCUGCUGAUCUUGUGGCACCCCUACGCUCGCCAUCACUACUUCAGUGUGAGGACUGAGAAAGAGCAGAAGAAGUGGCUUGCUGUUUUCCAGGACUGCAUCAGGCAUGCCAACAAUGGUCUGUCGGAGGAGAACAAGGUGCUCACGCCAGCGUUCACUGAUUCCCUGCGACUAUACAGACAAGCCAAAGGCCACUACGGCACCUGGGACAUGAUGUGCGGCGAUCCAGCACGGAUUCUGGCCAACCUGGUGAUGGAGACACUGUGUUCGGAGCUCAGGACACAGAUAGGGCCUCGGCUGAAGGGCAAGCUGCAGCAGAGACAGAGGAACUGGAUGCUGAUAUCGGAUGCGGUGUACAGGCAGGUGCUGACUCAGACAAGAACGCAGUAUGAGGCGCUGGUACAGGCCUGUGAGGUAGAGCGCCCCCAUCUGGAUGCUGCACUGCGCACAGACAUGGACCAGAUCGUUUCCUCCAAAGAGCAUGUUACCGGAAGGAUGCGUGCACUGGUGCUUGCACAUGCCGAGCAGGUCCUUAAGAGCAACGUGCAGCCCUACAUCACCUCCAUCCUGGAAGCUCUGAUGGAACCGGUGAGCCAGGGAUUCUCCGAGGUCAGGGAGGUUCUCUUCCGCGAGCUGGUGGAAAUCAGCAAGAACACAGUCAAUGAUGGAGGCAGAGAGGCGCUUGGAAAGCAUAUGGAGAAGGUGUCCAUGUUGGCCUUCCACCCAGUGAAGAUGCAGAGCUGCUAUGAGAAGAUGGAGCAGCUGAGUCUGGAGGGCCUGCAGCAGAGAUUCGAUGUGUCCAGCCCUUCCGUGUUCAUUCAAAGAGCUCAGAUCCUCAUGCGAGAGCAAAUGGACAAUGCCGUGUACACCUUUGAGAAGCUGCUGUACCAGAACAUGGAGGAACAGUCAGAAGAGGAGCUUAUUAAAACCAUCCAUCGCUGCCAGGACCGAGUACUGAAGAAAUACGACUAUGACAGCAGCACAGUGCGCAAGAAGUUCUUUAGAGAAGCACUGCUGCAGAUCAUCAUCCCAUACAUGCUGAAACAGCUCCAUCCCGUGUAUGCUCCCGAACUUCCUAAGUUCAAAGAGCUGAUCUUUGAGGAUUUCUCCCGCUUCAUAUUAGUGGAGAACAUUUUCGAGGAGGUCGUCCUACAGUCAGUCACUAAAGACAUCAUGAUGGCUGUGAAGGAGGCAGCCAUUCAGAGAAGGCACAACCUGUACAGGGACAGCAUCGUCCUGGCCAACAGUGACCCGAACCUCUACCUGCUGGAGGAGACCUCUAUCGACUGGGCCAGCCAGUAUGGAGGAGGAGGAGGAGGAGAAGGAGGAGGAGGAGGAGAGGAAGGGCUCCGAAGACGCAGACAGGUUGUAUCCAUGAUUCUGGUGGAGGGCAUGGCGCCAAUGCCUUAUGGCUCCUGCUUGGAAGUACCUGGUGUGGAAGAGAUCCCUGAGGAGAAUGAGAUACAGAUGGGUGAAGAUCUUCAAGAGGAACCGGUCAUCGAUAACGAUCUCCAUAAACAGCCAAUGGUUUCUGUAGAGUCAAAAUCCCUGGAAGAGCCAGGCUCUCCAGACAACGUCCAGCAGAUUCGUCAGCUCAUCAGACCAGUGCUUGAGGUGGUUCUUCCUUCAUCAGAGGAUACUGACCCAGUGCUGACCAAUGGGAUGCUGCCUCUGGAGGAAGGGGAGGAGAUAGAGACCAUCACCACAGUGGGGGAAGUGAUGCCAAAGGACUCUGCUAUCGCCAGUGCCAUUCAGGAGCUGGAGAACGCCGUUCAGGAGGAAGAAUGCAAUGUAGACUCUGAUGUGGAACUUGCUCAAGCGUCUGCUGAGUCCAGUCCUCGACACCAUGACGACAGCGGAUUUCAGUCUCCGACCAAUGAGCACAGAGAGGAAGAGGACCCUCGACCAAUCACUGCAGAGCUGAAGGGUGAAGCCGAGUCAGUGGAUCCCGAGCUGGUCAUGGUGAUGUUGGAGCAGGAAGAUAAAGUGUCUGAAGAUGGCUCACAGGCAGGAGAAGCAAAGGGAGAAACAGAGGAAUUGGUAUCUAACAUUUAAUCCAGGAUAUGGACUUGUCUUUUUUUUUUUUCUCUCAAACAGAAGGUUCACUGCAAAAAAAAAUUAUAACAAGUGAAGAUAUGUUGAGUAAAAAGUACCUAAUAUUUUUAUUAUGAGAUUAUUAUAAACAAAUAUUAUAAGAGCCUAUUUCUAGAAUUAUUUACUAAUGCCAAGCUUAAAAUUGUUUUAUUGUAUUGGCUGAUCAUUUUGCUUCUUUCUAGAAAUAAACUUUUUUCGAGCUUGAAAUGAGUAGAAAUAUCUCGAAAUAGGCUUAAUAAUCUUAUAUUUGUUUAAAAACAAUCUGACAGAGAGAAGAGAAUCUAGCUGAAUUUGCCAGAUAUUCAAGAUAUUUUUACUUGUUAUCUUAACAGUUGACAUUGCGACCAAAUGUGCAUCAUUUGUGUUCGAUUUUAAACAGUGGCAAUCCAGUGGCAAUCAAGUUUUUGUAUAUAUUCAUAUUACUGCCUCAUGUAGCUUAAAUAUUAUUACUUAUUCUUAAACCAGGCACUAUUCUUUUCACUGAAAUGUCAUUUUCCUUUCCAUAUGAGUGUCAUUUAGAUGCCUGUCUGAAGCCUCAAUUCCAUUUAAAUACUGGGCUGCUAUAUGGAUAUCUGAGCAUCACAAAUACUCAUAUUAUAUGGCUUUAUAAACUUCUAAUACUGUUUUAGCUUUGCUUUAUUUUUACUUUAUUUAUAUCCAAGGGAAAUGAGGACACAAAAUGUUUCUGGUCUUGAAACGGUGUAUUUAUUUGUUUUUAUUGUUGUUACUAAUCCAGUGCUACGUUAAUAUAGUUGGAAUGAUGUAACAUAUCCACAUAGCCCUUGGUAUGUCAUCUUUCUGUUCCUCUAAUAACGUGUGAGAGGUUUUGACGUCAAUACAACCCUAAUUUUAUCUCCUGGGUAGACGUGACUAAACCUAAUGUGGCUUUAAACACAGCUUGUGCUGGUGUUCAGCAUACUUUGAAACCCUGCCGUGUAUUAGGGAUCUGUUUGUUUUUCUUGUCUUCUGCUGGAAUUGGAGGAGGACAAUGAUAAGACAUCAGCACAAACCUUUAUAGAGGUGCCAGCUUCAGGUAUUUUGAUGGAGUGGAGCUAGAGAAUGGCUCUUUUUGUUAAAUUGGGAGUUCAGGGUUUUUUUUCCCCAUCCGGUUGAUGAAAUUUUUGGAAUUUGUAACUUUUUUCCCCCUAAUAUCUGUGAUGACAGCCAGUGAAACAUUUUUUCAUCACCUUUCCUUUUCUACUCACCUAUUGCGUCUUUCAUUUCUGGGAGAAAAAAAAAAUCACCUGGUUUCUGUGGUUCCAUAAAGUAUUGUACUGGAGUGAAUCUUUUUCCUCCACUAUUUAUUAACCCUGCAUAUUUUAUCCUUUUUUAUCCUCCUAUAGCCAAAUUCUUUCCUCUUCUUUUCUGUCUGAUAGGCAUAAAUGAAUGA